AUGGGAAAGACUCUGGGUGAAAUCGCGGAAAUCAACCUGCCAGAAGAGCAUCAGAAUCAUUUGUUUCCAAUGUCGUCCACAUCUGCAGCCAUUGACCCGUUGGAGACGGUUCCUCGUUACGAAGGACUUGAUAAGAUAUACGAUAGUACCCUCAAGUGUUUGAGCAUCCUAGUCCCUUGGCAGGAGGCGAG